AUAGUAUAUACACACUGUGUGUAUAGUAUAGCAGCAGUCAUAGCACUGGUAGUCAACUAUCAAACUACUAAAAAAAACUACAUCCCUUUCCGCUUAUAUACAGCGCAAUCAACAGUGAAACGUGUUGUUUGUGUGUGUUUUUCACGGUUGAUAUCUAUAUCUAUCUAUCGCAGACACCCGAUACCAACCACUUGUUGGCCACAACAACAAUGGGUCGCCGACCGGCUCGCUGUUAUCGCUAUUGCAAAAACAAACCGUACCCGAAGUCCCGCUUUUGCCGGGGAGUACCCGACGCUAAGAUCCGUAUAUUUGAUUUGGGCCGYAAAAARGCGGAUGUCCGCGACUUYCCGCUAUGCGUACACUUGUUGUCCAACGAGUUCGAGCAGAUCAGYUCCGAAGCGCUAGAGGCCGGCCGUAUUUGUUGUAACAAAUAUUUGGUCAAAACGUGCGGCAAAGAUGCCUUUCAUAUCCGUAUACGGGUUCAUCCGUUUCACGUAUUGCGCAUCAAUAAGAUGUUGUCGUGUGCCGGUGCCGAUCGUCURCAGACUGGAAUGCGCGGUGCUUUCGGUAAACCCCUGGGAACGGUAGCCCGAGUCGAUAUUGGCCAGCCGUUGAUAUCGGUACGCGUACGCGAACAACAUAAGGACAAUGUUAUUGAGGCACUCAGGCGGGCAAAGUUCAAGUUUCCCGGCCGCCAGAAGAUUGCCGUAUCGAAGAAGUGGGGUUUUACGAAGUGGUCGCAGGAGGACUACCGGGAAAUGGUUGCCGACGGCCGCCUACAACCCGACGGUAUUACCUGUCAGUACUUUCCCAAUAAGGGUCCGUUCGCUCGUUGGGUUAAGAUUCAGGAGAAGCUACGCAACGAUGAUUAGAGACCCGAUAAGAGAGAGAGUUAGAGGACAUCCCGAUCAGGACAUCGGAUCAAUUGGUGUUGAAUGUGUGAAGACUACUACCACUUCUUUAAUGACAAUUAAUAUGUUUCGUAUAAUAAAUAAUAAAUUUUUUUGAUUUCUAUCUCUCAUUAUUUGUAUUCAAAAUUUUUUUUUUUUGCUUAUUUUUAAUUGAAAUUUUGAUUUAUUAAUUGAUUGAUUGAUUUGAAUGAAUAAAAUUGAUUUGAAUUUAA